AUGAACAAAYCCUCACUCAACAACACCAGUGCUUCCAACAGUGAUGCCUUAUCUUGUAAAUUUGAAGAUUCUGAUUGGACCCGUGCUUUUAAAAUGUUUGCAGUUUUCUUCGUUGGUGGAUGUGGCAUUUUUGGUAAUAUCUUUAUCAUCGUCCUCGCGGUCAAAUACACUGUGAGAAAGAACCUUCAUCAUUUGAUCAUCAAUAUGGCUGUUGCGGACUCGCUUCUUGUACUGGCAGUUUGUUUUACUGAUGUUCCCCAAAUCUUGGGCAAUGCAAUAUGGGCUGAUAUCAAGAUGAUUUCUGGAGACACAGUUUGCAAAAUAUUCAUAUCAUUCGUGUACAUAUCAAUGAACGUUACCAUGUCGUCGUUAGUCAUAAUCUGCAUCGAGMGAUUUAGAGCAUCAAGGCAAACUGUGCKRAUSUCAAUGCCAUACACCUUGAAGCAAAGGCUACUAGUAGUUGCUUGCUCGUGGUUGAUUUCUGUCGCUUUAGCAGUGCCUACACUACCAGAGAGAAACGUGAACCAACCUUUACCAGGUGUAUAUGUAUGCCAAGGGACAUCAGAAGUACCUUUGCAUUUCAGAGUCAUCUACUUUUCCAUGUGUACGGUACUCAUUUGCGUUAUUGUCACUAUGAGCACAAUUACAAUACGAAGRAUUUCAAGACGACAAGAAAUUGAAUCAAGYCUUCCUGAAGUGCAGAGGAAAGCGAGAGARAAAAGAAUUGCCAGUGCCAUGAAAAUGGUAUUGAGUUCAUUGUUACUUUAUCUUUUCUCGUACCUCCCCUUUGGAAUUUGGAAUAUCUUGAAGAUCAUUCUACGCAACAAUUAUGAAUCUCUCAUCUGCCUCGAGGUCUUCGUAAUUGACUUCUUGACAAUUAAYUUUUUGCCACUUGUCAACUCGUGUUUUAGUCCUGUUAUCUACCUGAUCUUUUUGGCUGAUUUUCGAGAAGCUGCGAGAAAGGUGUUAAGAAGAAAUGAGCACAUCGCAGAAUGCAAUUCAGUGCAGCAGGAACCGUCACUAGACGAAAUAAAAAACAUUCAUUCGCGGAAAACGCAAAUAGACAGUCAAAAUGAAUUUACAACACUGUAG